AGUACACGGCGGUGAAGCUCUGUUUGACAAAUGCGCUGCUCUCCCCGCGGCCCCCCUUUCCUGUAUACUCUGCUGUCCUGCUCGGUUAUAACGCUAUUUCUGCUGUCCGCUUCAACAAGUCUCGGUGAAGCUUUCAAAAACAGUCUCUUCCUCAAAGCUUUGUUUGCUGUAGACCAGGAUGGCUGUCCGUCUUCUCCGAUCCAUGGCCCCGUGUGCAUCCAUGGCCCUGCUCCAAUGCAUGCGCUCCCAUAAGACCACACGACCACUCCUAAUACUGACUACACCCGCUGCGCUAGUCUGAGUGGUUGGAGGGUGUUUUAUUAGGUGGCUCUCUUCUCGCCGCUGUUUCUGUUCACCCAGGAGCACCGGUGGCCAUGUCCGGCUUCAAUCUUCUGCAUCUGGUCAGCCAAGGCCAACCUGUAAAACUCAAGGCCUGCGGGCUCCCCUCAGGAACGUGCCGAAGUAAGAAGACAUGGCCCAAAACGUUCCCCGAGGAGGAGCUGAGGAAGCGUUUGACCCCAAUGCAGUACCAUGUUACUCAGCAGAAGGGCACAGAGAGCGCAUUCACAGGAAAAUAUGUCGAUAAUAAAGAGGAGGGAACUUACCACUGUGUUGUUUGCGGUGCACCUCUUUUCAUGUCUGAAAAGAAGUUUGACUCAGGAUCAGGAUGGCCUUCUUUUUUCGAUUUGAUCAAUAAGGACGCUAUAGCUCAAACAGAUGACUUUUCAUACGGAAUGCACAGAGUGGAGACAACCUGCAGUCAGUGUGGUGCUCACCUGGGCCACCUCUUCGAUGAUGGACCUCGACCAACAAAGAAACGCUACUGCAUAAACUCGGCCUCACUCAGUUUCCAGCCCAAAAACAGUGCCACUGAGGAAGUGGAGGCAUCUGGAGCAGCCGGUCAAUCAUCCACUAGCAAGAAUGAAGAACUUUAAUCGGACUUGGAAGAAGAUCAGAUCAACUCCAAAGUCACUCCAACUGUCGAUUCCAAAUCAAGUGAGCUGUGCAAUCAUGCUUAGCAACAUUGGUCGGAAUGAUGGGUCCUUCAAAGAUCAGAAUACGCAAUAAUAUCAGUGUUCAGAUAUCAGAUUAUAAUGGCCUUAUGUUUUCUCCUUAACUUCUGCACUUUAAUUAUUGCGCCAUUUGAAGAACUCGCUUCACUUCCAUAAAAUUUACUCAGCUAAACUGUUAUUGAACACUCAGUGGUGGUUUUAAAAUCUAGAUAACUAUAAUAUUUUUCUGCUACAAUGUGUGAGACCAAAUCUGGGGUUUUAAGUGAACUUUUUAAAAUGUCUUCUCAUUUAAAACAAAAGCUUCCAGAAUAUUUGCGUACAAAGAAACAUCCCUGCAGGCACAGGACACCAACAUGAUGUCAUAUUGACGUUGUACCACAACAAACCCCAAAGUCGUGGGGACUUUUUUUGGAUAUUAAAAUCGGGUUGACGUCAGAACCCAACAUCAGGCCGUCGUCAGUGUUCAACGUCCAACCUAAAAUCAACCAAAUGUCUACAUCUAAUCAUGUUUCACCUUAACGUUGUGUGGACAAUACCACUAUGACAUCUAUCAGUCACUUUCCAUCUUAAAAUCAACCAAAUAUGAAUGUAAUUUGACGUCGUAAUUGGACAUCAAAACCAACAUUGCCCUUAGACGCUGGCUAGACAUUGAGUUUUGGUCAACUGACAUCAUGACCUGUAUCUAAUCUUACGUCUUAUGAUGUUGUGUGCCUGCUGGGAUUGUGGUGGAAUACUAAUUAGAACUAUUUGACUCUGUACAGACGGUUAGACGCUCUUCCAUUUAAAGAUCAAGACUCUUUGGGUUAUUUUCAAAUCCUGCUAGAGAACAUGAUAAACAUCAGGUUGAUGUUGAAUUUUUCAUUGAAAUUUUAACUCGCAUUGUUACUCUAAUAAUAUUCUUCAUGCAUUUUUUCACUAGUGGUCUCUGACUUUCUGGACCCCAUUGUAUAUUGAAAGCCUAGUCAUUGGAAACAAAUUCUAGAUGUGUGCUUUCUCAGAGCGCUGUGUUGUUUUUGAAGUGACAUGUGAUACAGGGAGGUCAAGAAGUUUGGAGAAAAUGCUAUGCGAGUGCUCCUGUGAGCAGUAAAAUAAGCACCGGUCGGAGAACAAAGCAUUCUUUGAAAUAAAAUGGAACAGAUGACAAAUGUUUAGUCUGAACACAAAUGUAGCCUGACUUUUAAGGGUGCUUUUUUUGGUCUCCCUGCUUGCAGUGCCUAUUUUCGUCUUGAGUUGAUAUCGUUUUUUUUUUUUCUUGAGAUAAAGUUUCACAUAGAUUGAUAAAAAUAAAUUCUUAUUGACCAGUGUGGUUAAAUAAUUAUUAUGAAUAAUGUGGUGUUCUGAAUUUGUUUAAACAUGUAAAUGCAUAUUGUACAUGCAUUAUUGGGAUUACACUAAUUGCAGUUUUACUGUUUGACUUGUAUUAAAUGUUUAUCAUUGAU